AUGGAUGCGAUACUAUUCGCUCUAACUUUAGAAGUCAUGCUACAACAGUUAAUUAUCCAUGAGGGCAGCACAGAACUCAGACUAUCCUGCAAAGCUGCGGACAAACGCAAAGGGAAAAUGCAAUACGACAAACUUGUGAGGGACCGUGACAUAGUAAAAGAUGUGGUAAAAAGAACCCUGAUAGAGGUUGCUGAGAGAGGCGAGUGGAGCAGCCUGCAGAAGGCGGUUGACGUUCUAGAAGAACUGGUGUUAUGUGCCGUUGCCAAGAGAGAUGACCACGAGCGACUUAUACUGACCCGAAAGGAGAUUAUGAGCCAGCUGAACUCAAAACGAAUCCAGUGGAAGGUUCACCUGCGCAGCGCAGAUCAGAAAGUUGCCUUCCUGCGAGACAAAAUGAAAAAUGACCAACAAAACGCCGCCAUGCGUGUUCGUUACGCCGAGGCCUGGCUGUGCGCCCGCGCAGAGGCGCUAGAGAUGAAGUUCCAGAUUCAACGUGCAAACAUGCCUCCACUGCCACGUGCUGACCACGAAGAACGAGUGCAUAAAGAGAUUUGCAAAGCAAUUGAAUUGCAGAUCAAUGAGCGGGAGAAAGCGUCAGAGCAUUGGCGUGAGCGUUACGGGGUGGACACAGCUCGUAUGGAUGUGCUGCUGGAAGAAAAACGACGUCAGUUAUCGGUGGCUGCUGCCAAACAUGCUGAGCUUCAAGCUUUGUAUGAUCUUCAUGCAGGCGAAAUUCGUUCGUGGUUGUCAUUUAAAGAACAACGCGCCGCACGCCUAGCUCGCGAGGAACGUGUACGUGUCUCCGCCACACGUAUUCAAGCGUGGUGGCGCGGUGUCAUGGUUCGUCGUGCACUCGGGCCCUUCAAACACCUCAAGAACGUAAAAAAAUCUCCUUCCAAAUCAAAGAAGAAAUAAAAUGUCAUAUUUUAAAUAUGACAUUUCCCUCCGGAUACUGUACUGUAAAUCUGGUGGCGCCAUCUAUGUUUUACGCGUUAGAACUUUGU